GGAUACGAAGGCAGUAAAAGAUUUGGAGGCAUUUUUUGCUUAACCAUAUCACAAACAUUUUAUAUGUAAAUAUUCUAAAAUUUGCAUAAUAUAUAUUAUAUGGAUUAAAGUGCGUCCGGAAGAAGUUUAUACGCUCCAUUUUAAUAAAUAUUUAUUUGUCCUAAAAUGUAUUCUUUAACUCACAAAACAGAAAAUGCACACGAGGACAGUAUAUGGACUUGUGCAUGGGGUUGUCCAAAGAGGAAGAAGGAUGUUCAACCAGAUAAUGAAGAUUCACGAGAUUCUAUACGAUCCAAUGAAGAUGAAAUUGCAGAAUAUUUAGUAACAGGUUCUGUAGAUGACACAGUAAAGGUAUGGGAGCUGAGAAAUGGAGCUUUGAAGAUGAAACAUAAGUUAACUGGGCAUUCCUUAGGAGUAGUAUCCAUAGCUGUCAGCUCGGAUGGCUCAAAAUGUGCUUCUAGUUCCCUUGAUUCAAGUUUAAAAUUGUGGGACUUGCAAUCUGGAGACAAACUAUCAAGCAUUGAAGUUGGUCCAGUAGAUAUUUGGACCGUUGUCUUUUCUCCGGACGAUAAAUUUAUCGUUUCUGGCAGUCAUGCUGGUAAAAUACAUUUAUAUGGAACUGAAAGUGGUAAACAAGAACAAACAUUAGAUACAAGAGGUGGAAAAUUUACACUGAGUGUUGCUUAUAGCCCUGAUGGUAAAUAUAUUGCAAGCGGCGCGAUAGACGGGAUUAUUAAUAUUUUUGAUGUUGCAUAUGGAAAAGUUUUGCGUACAUUAGAAGGUCAUGCAAUGCCUAUUAGGUCUUUGUGUUUCUCGCCAGAUUCUCAGCUUCUCCUUACAGCAUCUGAUGAUGGACAUAUGAAGUUGUAUGACGUUAAGGAUGCAAAUCUAGCAGGAACAAUGUCGGGUCAUGCUUCUUGGGUACUCGGCGUGUCUUUUUCACCAGACAGUCAGCAAUUUGCAUCAAGCAGUUCAGAUCAUACAGUCAAGAUCUGGGAAUUAGCACAAAGACAGUGUCUGCAUACAUUUCAUGAACAUAAAGAUCAGGUAUGGGCAGUAAAAUAUAAUCCACAACGAAAUAACGUAAUCGCAUCGGUAUCUGAAGAUAAAUCCAUUAAUUUGUAUGAAUGUCCGAUAUAUGAUAAGUAAUAUUGUAAGGAUAAUAAAUAUUUUUUAUUUGUGC